AUGGACGAAACGGGGCUAUCAUUGGCACCAAAACCCCCUAAAAUCAUUGCCCGUAAGGGUAGCAAGAUUGUACAUGCUAAAUCGUCCAACUCAAGAGAGAUGAUAACUAUAAUAGCAUGUGGAAAUGCAGCUGGGAGCAUCAUACCACCACAUGUUAUUGUCCCAGGCAAAACAAAGAGAGCACUGCACAGUUAUGACACUGGAAAUGCCCCUGCGGGCACACAGUGCAGCGUCUCUGACAGUGGAUGGACUAAACAGGGGAUUAGCGAACUUUGGUUCACAGAAACGUUCCUACCAAACAUUGGGCCUCAUAGACCUCAAGUGCUGAUUGUUGACGGCCAUGAUUCACACCACCAUGUUGAACUCAUAGGAGUGGCCAGGAAGGAGGGAAUAGUAAUAGUUGAGCUGCCCAGUAAAACAAGUCACUUUACGCAGCCAUUUGACAGGUCUGUUUUUAAGUCUUUUAAGACGAGCUGGGGGAGACAUGUACAGGACUUUACUUCGCAAACAGGGGUAGCUGUAGGACACUCCCAGUUCUUUAGAAUUAUGACAAAGGCGUGGAACGAUGCCCUCACCAGUAACAAUGUGAAAGCUGGGUUUGAAGCUACUGGUAUCUGUCCUUUCAAUCCAGGCGUCAUACCUGACAUUGCCUACAGUCCAUCAGAACUGUAUGUAGCAACGCCCUUAGAUCAAUGUAAGGAAGAGUGUAAUAAAGUGGAGCAAGUCCAUUCAAAUCCUUCCGUAGAAACCGCUGUUUUACCCACUGUUUGUGCUGCAAGCAGUAGUACAUGUACCGGAAAUGAUGUAAUUGUUUCAAUUGACAUAGAUGUACAUGAGAUGGACCAGGUUGUGGACCUACCUGUUUGUUUAGAUGAGAAUGGCAUGAUCAAGGUUCUUGAAGAGCAGUUAGGUCCACAGCAAGGUCCUGACCAAAGUCCUCAGCCAUCUGCUUCUAAGCCUGAGUGCAAUUCGUCAACCCUUCCCGAUCAAACUAGCAAUCUAAGGGAGUGCGAUGCAGCAUUCGCUUUAUCUGUGGUCGAAUCAGCAAUAACUGAUGAGAAAAUAAACCUGUAUAACAAUACAUACCAAUCAGGCAGCACACUAAACGACUCCAUCAAAACUGGAAGAAAAAGUAAAAAGGGAAAAGAAAAUCUCUGA